CAUAAAAAUGCUAUCUUUUGAGCGCAAGACACUUGAUUUGUAUCACCUUAAACUAAAGUAAUGUUACGCUAACUAUGAUGUAUAUCGUAGGUGUAUAUAAAACAAUACCUAUUGUAUGUAAACAAAUAGAUUUACAAAAUGACAAGCUUAAGUACAUUGGCUAAAAAUUAUUCAUAUGGUAUGAAACGUUUGUUUUGACGCUGACAUUUAUUUCUUUAUGUGUUUUCAAAACUUGUAAACAAUAUUCUUAAGCAUUUAUAACAUCAUACUCUUUGUAAUUAUGUAUAAACAGUGCAAGUUUCAAAAACUUUUGUUGAUAUUCACUUUUCGACUGGACGGUUACUUGGAAGAAAUUACUCAAAAUUGAAACAUAGUUUUAUAUGGAUUUAAAUAAAGCUUUAUGACGGGCGGAUAUUGACUCACACUGACAUCCAGUACGUUUGAAGUGGCUAUUGCCAUACUUGUAUUUUGUGACAAUAACCAUCGCCGAACUACUUUUAUUUUGUACAGUCCGAUGAAAUUAUUAAGUAAGGUUGACACAUUUGUCCUUGAAUUCGGCCAAAACACUCUUCAACUCGUCCACAUCAACUAUUGUAACAUUGGCGUUUGUAGCUUUGCUUUAGUUAAAUAAUUGCCUAAAAUGUAUACAAGUCAUAAACCGGCAUCGGCAACAGCAGGUUUACCUCAAUUCAUAACAGUUGCAUGCAGAAGGAAACAAAAUCUAAUUUCAUUGUCUUGUUUCCUCGUUAUAUUUUUCAUUCUGUUCAUGAAUAUUGGAUUUUCAACAAGAGCAAAACACGUUAACGUCUACAAUGAAAAGCAAGUUCCUAAGGAGAUACGCCACGUGCACGAAUGUCACUGUUUAGUUACCGUUGCACUGCCUGCCAAUAUGAUGAAGAUAAAUGAUGUUGAAAAGGGAAAUUCUAUAACAGACACUAAACCAAGCGCACCAACAAAAACUUAUGUACUGCAGAAAAAAGAUCAAGACUACCAACAUAAAGAUGUUAAUACUGUGAUCGAAUCAAAACAAGAAUAUCCAGGGCAACGCAAUAACACUGUCGCAAAUCGAACGUCUACGUCGAAAUUUACAAAAAGCACCAUUAAUAUUAUAGAAAAGAAACCUGUUGAAAGCUUUUAUCAUCCACGUGCCAAAAUUCCUGACAAUAUUUUGCAUUCUAUUACACUUAAGCCGAACUUUACACGACUUAUUAAUGCAUCACAAAUUGUCUUAACCGUAAACACCUCGUAUAUACUUGAAAAUCCAACUCUAUGUUCGUCCGUUCGUAAUCUAAAUAUCAUAGUUAUAGUGCAUACAUCACCUGAUCAUAAGGAAAGGCGAUUAUCUAUUCGGAAUACUUGGGCAAAUGAUGCCUUUUACCAUCACCUUGGUAACGUGAGAACUGUUUUCCUAUUAGGAAAGUCAAAAGACCAAAAUAUACAGAAUCAGAUUAAAGAGGAGUUUAAACGAUAUGGAGAUUUACUUCAAGGUGACUUCAUAGAUGAUUAUCACAAUUUAACUUUGAAAGGUGUCAUGGCAUAUAAGUGGCUAACAGAACGUUGUAGAAACGCCGAACUUGUUCUCAAGGUCGAUGACGAUAUAUCAGUAGAUAUGUUUAAAAUGUUUAAUGUCUAUUUCCCAAAGUAUCGAUUAGAAAACAUGACAAUAAUUUGCAAUCAUAUCUUAGAAAAAACUAUGGGUAUUCUCCGGAAAAAUGACAGUAAAUGGUACGUUAGCAAUGACCAUUUUAGAGGAUUAGGUGCCUACCCAACUGACUAUUGCUCAGGAUUUUUGGUACUUUUCACAAAUGAUCUUAUUCCUGCUUUAUAUCAAUCGUCAAAGGUGACUCCGUUCUUUUGGGUUGAUGAUGUAUAUCUGUACGGACUUGUUCCUGGAAAUGUUCCUGGCGUAAAAUAUAUUGGUUUAAAAGGCAAUUGGCAUCAACUAGGUGGACAAGUUGCCAUUAAGUGCUAUAAGAAUGAAACUGAGACGUGUCCGUUUUUGGUGGCUGGAGCCGGUGCUAAAGGGGAAUUUGAGGAAUUAUGGCCACACAUGGUCAAGAGAUACGCUGUAAAUACUAAAGUUAUUGACUUAGAUACAAAAUGAAAUUUUGACUAUAAUUUUAAUGGAUUACUUAGUCACUACCUUCGAUUGGACACGAUACGCCAUAGUUAUAGUAAUUGAAACGAGUUAGUUACGAGGAUAUAACACUGGCUGGGGCGACAUCAAGGGAUGUUUUUGCUAAAAAAUGGCGAGGCCGUAAGGCCAAGACAAUUUUUGUGCAGAAACAUCCCGAGAUGUCGCCCAGCCAGUGUUUUUUCCUCGUAUCUCACGAGUUUCAUAUACUAUAACUGUUUUAUCGCAAUGGCAUAAUAUUUUCUUUUUUGUAACAGAAAUAAAUAAAUAAAUAAGUCGUUAGCUACAUUACAGCUAUUUAUGAUAAGGCAGGUUUUUCAAGUUGUUUUCGCUGCCGCAAAAAAUACAAAAGACAUCCAAUGUUAGAGGCGGAUUGUAAACUGUUACCAAUGUUGAUUCAAGAUUAAAAGGGCUUUUUUAUCUAUUUUAUUUUAUUGAUUCCAUUUUUUUUCUUUUAUAUAGCAGUCAAGUUUUUUCCUAUAUGAAUCAAUGAAAAAACUGUACUGCUAUAUGUCAAUACAGUUUUCAAAUUCUCAUUGAAGUGUACCGAGUAUCUGUUAGUAAGAACAAAGAAAACAUUCCAAACCAUGCGAUAAUGUUUCAAUAAAAUCUAAUCGGUAAAAAGAAUUGUAAAAGAUUAUUAGCUAUUACUGCCAUAUCGAUAAAAAGGGAGGACUUCAAUAAAAUAUUUUCCAGAUUUGUUCCGGUAUAUGUACUGUUGAAAAAACACACAAACAAACAAAACAUUCAUACGAAAUGAGAAGUUGACAUUGCAAUGGUAUUGUAAUAUUGGUUGUUACAUGGCGACCGAUAAACAUUUUUUGUGUUCUACAUUUUUAUAAAUCAUUUCAUUUUAUAAUAUGUCUUUUUUAUUUUUCUAUUAAUUUUAUUUUAUGAUUGUUUUAUAUAUAAGAUUUUUUUCCUAAUAUAUAUGUCGUGAUGCUUUGUUUUUGUACAAUUGUGUUCGUAUCAAUAAACUUCCUUUUUACAA